CAAUCUCAGGUGCAGGGGAGUUUGUUCAUCUACAUCCAGAGGCACCAAUCCCUCCAACCCACGGCAUCUUUUCUUCCACAAGUUGUAACCCCCAAAUCAGGCCACCUCGCCCCUUUCCUCCGCCACCUAGAGUCAGGAUCAGGUAUGGACACGGACCUUCCAGUCCCCCUGUCUCCGGCCUUUCUCAAAGUAACCAGGGUACGUGCUCAAGUCUGUCCCAGGGUGUUCGCCCCUAACUUGCCCCGCAGCGUUACCCCCCAGUCCUCGGGGCGCUGGGCCACCCGUGCAGUCCGCCCCGCCCUCCGCGUGGUUCCAACAGGGGGCCCCGCCCCCGCCCCGCCCCCAGCCCGCUCCCUGCGCCCCGCCCCGGGCCCGCCGCGCUCCGCGCCGCUCGCCCCUCCGCUGCGUCAGGCCGCCCAGUCGCUGGGCGGCUCCCGCGGCUCCCGGGGCUCCAGCGGCAACCAAUCCUGUCUCCAUGGCGACGCGGCGUCCCAGGCUCGCAACUCGGAGCCCAGUGUGAGCGGCGAGCGGGCCUGGCACUCCUGGUCCGCCCUUCGCGGGAUCUCCUUGGCAGGGCCGCCAGCGGGUUGGGGCUCUGGAGCCCCACGGCUGCCGAGGCACCGCCCGAGAAGUCUUGGUCCUGAGUUUUGUAUUCCAGAAAUCCCCAGAAACUACCUAGACAAGAAAGAUGUUGUAAAGGCACCAAAAAGCAGACAGAAUGGCACAUUGCUAGUGUUUGAUCCAAAGGAAAAAGUGAUGAUUGAUCCAAAUAAAGCAAUUUCACAAAAAUGCUGCUUUGUAAGAAGACCAAGAUUGGCGAGCAAGCUUUAUAGUUCCCCAACACAGAUCUCCCUGGGUGUGGCUAAUACAUUCUCAGCAAAAAAAGAAGCCUCUUCAAAGAAGAUUGAAGACAAAGUCUCUUUAAAAAGUACUGAAAACAGACCAUCUUCCAGGAGUCUUGAAAAUAAGGAUGACUUAACAAACUGGCAGUCUGACCUGUGGUCAUCUUCCUUCGUAAAAGAAAGUGCAGGUGAAGCAGUCAAGGAUGCAGUCCUUGUGAAGCAAGAGAAAAAUACUGAGUUUUGCCUUCAGGACAUUGAGGAGAAGCUGUCGGAUUCAACAGAUGGCGAUGGUGAUGAUGACACCAAUGAUGAAGAUGACGAAGGCCCCGUUAAAAAGGAGACUCGUGCCCCGCUAGAGUUAAUGGCAGAAUUCCUGAGAGCAGAAAUGGGCCGAGACUACCAGCUGGCAAAAAAGUUAUGUCAGAUGAUCCUGAUCUAUGAACCAGAAAAUCCUGUGGCCAAGGAAUUUUUCUUGCUCAUUGAAGAAAUAUUGCUAAAGGAGAAAGCUCAGAAACAGGAGGAAGACGAAGAGGACAGUGACGAGGACACUAGUAGCGAGAGUGAGGCAGAAAGCAGCGAGGAUGCGAGUGACGACAGCUCGGAUGAGUGCGAAGAUGGGUCCUGAAGGUCGCUGCUAUGGAGAAUUAUUUUCAAGAGUGUAUGCCAUGCAAAUGCAAAUAUAAAGAAGAGAGCUACUGCGUAGUCUAACUGUGGUUUCUUCCGUGCAGAGUUCAGUGGAUCUGCAUUCUUAGCUUGAGUUCCUUGCUCAUGUUUAGGCUUAGACAAAGGCAAGUCACUCCGAGAGGGAAGCAGGGAGGGAAUAUGAUGUGCUGGGAGCACGGGGAGUGCUCUGCAUACUUUAUUCAGUCUUACAGCCCCAAGUAGUCUGUUACUUCCCCUAUUUUACAGGUGAGAAAAGUGAGUCAUGGUGAGGGUAAGUAGUUUCUCUAGUGUGAGUCACCUAUUUGUAGGGUCUGGAUUUGCCUCUGUAAUAUCAUGGCUCAACAGCUGUGUUUCAGUCCCAGCCCAAUGACUACCACAUCAGGCUUUUUAAAAAGUCAUCUGUUCAUGUGGCCUGUACCAGCAUCUGGAGAGCUCAUCUCCUCCUCCCUGGAAGAGAAUCAGGACUUUGGUGUUUUUCAUGAUUGUGUCCCUAGCAACCAGUGAGUAGCUAGGAAAUAAAUAUAAUCUCAAAUGAAUAAAUGAAAUGAAAGAUAAA